AUGGGUUGCGGAGGUUCCAAGGUUGACGACCUCCCGCUCGUCAUCCUCUGCAAAGAGCGAAAGCAACUCAUCAAAGCGGCAUCCGACCACCGCCUGGCCCUCGCCGCAGCCCACCUCUCGUACUUCCAUUCCCUGCACGACGUCGGCGACGCCAUCCGCAAAUUCGUCGACGAGGAGCUUGUUUUGGGGACCUACUCUGCUUCCCCUGGAUCCCCUGUUCUCACCCUUCCUCCCCGCGGCGGCGGCAAAUCGAAACCCAAAUCCAAAUCCUCUUCCUCCACGACCUCGAUUUCCCAUUCCUUCGACGGCGGCGACGACAGCUACCACGGUAAGACCCAACCCAAGAAGAUCAAGAAGAAGGCCAAAAACCACCACCACCACGACCACCACCGCGAUCUUCACGAGGACCACGACGACGACGAAGAUUCCCAUCUGCAUUUGUCGUCUUCCUCCGGCUCUGACUUGGACUCCGACUCCGGUCACACCCAUUUCCACGACCACCAUCACGAGGGGCCAGAACGAGAGAACCUUGAAUUCGCAGCUCAGUUUGAACGCGGUGGGAGAGGAGGCGGAGGUUUUGAGAUGCCGUCGACUUCCUAUGGGGAUUUCAACAAUUACCCUGCUCGGGGCAAUUGGGACGGCGGCGACGGCGGUGGGGGAGGCGGUGUAGCUUUUGAGAUGCCAUCGACUUCCUAUGGCGACUUCAACAAUUACCCUGGUCAGGGCAAUGUGGGCGGCGGCGGCGGCGGGUAUGGCUACCCUGGCGAAGGAAUGCCGUAUCCCUACCCAUACCCGGAUCCGUACCCGAACCCGAACUCGUAUCCGAAUCUCGGCACUUACCCGAAUCAGAACAUGUAUUACAUGAAAAGGUCCGCAACCCCGGCGAAGACGGUCGUCGUCGAGGACCCAGCAAUGGUAAAUGGUUACUGGGGGUCAAGUAAUUAUUUCGGGAAUGGAGGAGGUAAUUACUUUGGUGGUUAUCCGAUGAUGGGCUCGCCGCCGCCGAGGGAGCCGAGCCCACAGAAGCCUCCGCCAGCGCCGCCAUCUCCUAAGGCGUCGACUUGGGACUUCCUCAACGUGUUCCCAUCAUUCGAUAAUGGUGGUUCCGGUGGCUUCCCUGGUUAUUACCCUUCUGAUAGAUAUGCUUAUGGAUCAAUGACGAGUAGUCCCGACUCCAGAGAGGUCCGAGAAAGAGAAGGGAUUCCUGAUCUAGAGGACGAGACUGAGCAUGAAGUGAUUAAGGAAGUUCCCAGAGAGAAGAAGAGAAUGAACGAAGAGAAAGGAAUGAAUAAUGGGAAAUCCAGAUUCAGUGAGGAGUUCCUGCACAGAAAUUAUGGUGAAGGGACUUCAAAUCCAGUCGCUGUUGAUACCAGCAGCAGUGAGAGUAUGCAUUCUGUGAAAGGCAGAGGGAAUUUUAGCGGGAUUGUAUCGAAUAAAGGUAAAGGCAUCAAAACUAGUAUGAGCCCUGAUACUAUUCGGAGUCCAGAUAGCAUUGUUUCAAGGAGCCCCGAGGAAGAGGAGUUCGUCAAGAAGAAAGGUGUCACCUUUGAGGUGGAGGAGGCAUCUACAGUGACUGCGGAUGUCGAAUCUUCAAAACCCAGUAGUAGCAUGAACACAUUGUCAGCUCAUGGAACUAGGGACAUUCAGGAAGUAGUGAAAGAGAUCAGGGAUGAAUUUGAGACGGCCACUGGGUAUGGCAAAGAGGUCGGAUUUAUGCUCGAGGUCAGCAAAUUGCCUUACCAACAACGAAGUACUCCGCUUAAAGUAAUUCUGUUGAGGAUUCUAUCUAUGAAAGCUCAAGCCAAGCCAUCGGUUCAAAUUUCGUCUAGGGUGAUUAAAAUUGCAAAGAUGUACUCUGAACAGUCUGUAAAUGAGUUCGAGAUUCAACCAAGAAACCUUUCGUCCACUCUCGAGAAGCUCUACGAGUGGGAGAAGAAACUGUACAAGGAGGUUAAGGAUGAAGAGAGGCUACGGGUCAUAUAUGAAAAGCAAUGCAAGAGACUAAAACUUUUAGAUGAGCGUGGUGCAGAGUCUAGUAAAAUUGAGGCUACACAGGCUUCGAUAAGGAAGUUGCUUACAAAACUCAAUGUUUGUGUCAGAGCUGUUGAUUCGAUAUCUAGCAAGAUACACAAGAUACGGGAUGAAGAGUUGCAACCCCAAAUUACUGAUUUGAUCCAUGGAUUGAUAAGGAUGUGGAGAUCCAUGCUCAGGUGCCAUCAGAAACAGUUCCAAGCUAUCAUGGAGAGCAAGGCACGUUCUCUAAAGGCCAACACUCUGCAGAGAGAUUCAGGUCUAAAAGCUACUCUUGAUCUCGAAAUGGAGCUUGUGGAGUGGUGCACUCGGUUCAACAACUGGAUCAAGACUCAGAAAUCUUACAUCGAGUCCUUAAACGAGUGGCUUUUGAGAUGCAUCCACCAAGAACCUGAAGAAACAGCUGAUGGAGUUGCACCUUUCUCCCCAAGCAGAAUGGGAGCUCCACCCAUUUUUGUGAUUUGCAACGAUUGGUACCAAGGCAUGGUUAGGGUUUCCGAGAAGGGUGUGGAAAGUACAAUGCUUGAUUUUGCUUCCAACUUGCAGCAGCUGUGGGAGAGACAAGACCAGGAACAGAGGCAGAGGAUCAAAACCGAGUACCUGAAAAAGGAUUUCGAGAAACAACUGAGGAUGUUGAGAACCGAGAGGGGCAGAAUCGAGCAAGAGAGAGAUGCGUUGUCAGAUAAAACCGCAGUUUCCAAGGUUCCUUCAGAGAGCGGAGUUUCGCCACUGGAUGAUCUGAAGGUGGAUCUGGAUUCUAUGAGGAAGAAGUUGGAAGAGGAAAAAGCUCGUCAGAAGGAAGCGACUAAGCUGGUUCACGACGCUGCUUCUAGUAGCCUGCAAGCUGGUUUGCUCCCGAUCUUCGAGGCUCUGGGUAACUUCACCUCAGAAAUUUUGAAAGUUCAUGAGGAUGUUAGACUCGUUGAUGGAGCCUCGUAG